AUGUCCGUAUAUCGUCUGUUUACGGUCUCUAUCAUGGAUAUGUGUGUUCUAAAAGCUAACUGCAAGGAUCCUCUAGGCUUCACCGUGGAAUACACGUGUGUUUUUGGAAUUUCUUCACCAAUCCCGGGGCUUCACGGUGGGGAGCAUGUCAACUCAUACGGUGAAGGGGUUUGUGUAAUCACGUUCCACAACAAGGAUGGGCGUGUAUUCUGGUUCAUUAUAGAGAAACUCCCGAAAAAGUACACCUAUCCAAUAUCUCCACGGUUCACUCCCCAGGACGCUUCGGAGUUCUGUGGCCGGCUCGCAGACGUGCAUGUCUUUAACGAUGUCACCGUGGGGCAUCUAUGGAGAAACAGAACCGUUGUCUCAAUGAACGCAUUGGAAGAAGGCUUGUUGUCUACGUGGUCAUUUGAACGCAUGGUUCUGUUGGGAGACAGCGUUCACAAAAUGACCCCCAAUAUCGGACAAGGAGCCAACACCGCAAUAGAGGAUGCUGCAGCGCUGGCAUCACUGAUCCACCAGAUGAUCAAUCCAAUGACACCUCAAAACGCCUCAAAAGCCGCGAUUGGGCACCUCUUCCAAAAGUUUCAGGACUUGCGAAUGAGCCGUGUUCAAAGCACCGUCCAACGGGCUCAUUUUGGUGCUAGGUUUCAUACGCGAGAUGAUCACUUGAAAGCUCUGGUCGGGAGGUAUAUUUUCCCGUAUGUUGGGAAUCUGGUCAUGGCCAGAACAGUAAAGGUUAUUGGGGGUGGCCACAAGAUCGAGUUCCUCCCACCGCCCAAACGAUCCAUGCCGUGGACGGCGCAGACGGACCACAGCCAGCAUAAGAUGCAUGGUUCCAAGGUGCUAUGGGCCUAUUUGUCUCAUCCUGAUCAACAUUGGAGUGACGAUCCCCGUGGCACUGCACAGCUUCGGUCUCAGUCCCUUGGCACACACAGAACGUCCACCGUUGGCAGAACCCUUUUCAUCGAGCUGGUGAUCGUCAUGAUCGAUGUCGUGUACGCACGUCAGGACAUUGGGGAAGACGUGAACGCUGGAGUGAAGGAUAUGGCUGUGCAGUCCAGGAAUUCGAUGCGUUUUCUGCCCUAUGUGUUGUCGUACGGUUCGACAGAGUCGCUCCUGGCGGCCGGUUGGCGGCAGGUUUGGGUUUUCCGCUUAUUGUCUUAUCUGUUUGGGGCUCUUCUCGGGCUUUAA